CCCACACACAUGUACACACGAACAAGCUCCAACGUGCACGCGAGGAUGGGGCAACAAAAAGGGCCGGCAUUCGUGACGCUGGCUUUAGCGGUACUGCUUGUUUUGGGAGACGCACCAGCUCCUUGUUCUGCAGCAAAGUCGGAAGACCUCACCUUGCCGGAUUGUGACGUGGCGCGAAAACACUACGACAAAGGGCAACUGUACAAGGUGUUGGGCGUCAACUCAAAGGCAGAUGACAAGACCAUUCGAAGGGCAUUCAAGAAAAUGAGCGUCAAGUGUCACCCUGACAAGGACCGCGAGAACGAGCACGCCGAAGACAACUUCAUCGCCAUCACAGGAGCAUAUGAAACGCUCAGCAACGAGGAGGAGCGAAGGAACUAUGACAUGAGUCGCAGCAGCCCAGGUGGCGGUGCUCGCGGGCAGCACCAGCAGUUCCAACAGCAACAGGGCGGCUGGAAGCCAAAGCCAUACCAGGACGUGCCUGUCAACGACGUGUUCAGCAAAUUCUUCCGCACUGGCGGGGCUGGCGGCGGGCAGCAGCAGCAGUUCUACACUUAUUCCAGCUCGUCCUCGUCCGGCACUAAUGACGACUUUGACCGCACCUUCGAAUCGCUCUUCAAGAACUUUCACUUUGAGCGUGGCGCAAACCAUGGUCGGGCGCGCACCAGGCCUUCAAAUGCUCGCCGCGGACCAGCGACUGGCAGGCCACCCUCGUCGAUGUUCGGGGGCGCCUUUGAAGGCCUUGGAUCUCUCUUCGGAGACUUGAACGCGGGCUUGGACGCCUUUGGCGCGUUUCCAGGGUUUGGGGAUGGCAUGCCAUCAUCGUCGUCAUCAUCGUCAUCGUCGUCGUCGUCGUCACGGAAGACGAUGCCUUCAUCGUCAUCGAGAAGGACGAAGAAGAAGAACAAGAGGAGGAGGGGAAAGGCAACAUCAGCGUCCAAACAGCGAACCACCACAAAACUGCCGCGAACAGCUCCAACACCACCGCCUCAAUCAUCAUCAUCAUCAUCAUCGUCGUCGUCGUCGUCGUCGUCGUCGGCGGGUCGGGAGCGAUUUUCGCGGACGUCUCGGGAGAAGGAGCGCAGCACGCGCUCGCAAGCGCUCAAGGACCAGCUCAGGAAACGCGCAUCCAACAAGGCCAAGAACGGCGGAUGCGUGUACACGGUGCAGCACGGCGAAGUCUGCUCCUAAGUCACCGGUAACCACGCACACAUUCUCGCAAUCCAAUGGCCAGCAAACCGCUGCUGUUGCUGCCCGUUACUGCGCAGCACCACUUGGCCAUUCUUUCUCUCCUGUGUUAUCCCACUGCCAUCACGGUGAUGGCGUGUCUUGCCUGUGGCAUGCUCUCGAGACCCCACCCCCCUGCUUGUUCAUACCACAAACUUUCUGUUUCUGUUUCGGUUGUAAUGGAAGCACACAUGCCCACUAUCAUACAGUCCGAUUAUGAAAAGGAUGUAACAUC